GUUCCGUUUUACGGCCCGACCUCCCUUUUCUUUUCUCUUUUCUCUUUUCUCUUUUCUCUCAUCUCCCCAGAGUAUAUCCAGAGCCCGGCUAUACUUUAUAUGCCCCCGACCCCGUCACUCCGGCUCGCAUUCACCCUCAGGACCGCUCUGCUCACCCUCACCCGACAACAGUUUUCGACCCAUAUACCCAAAAUGGCUACUUCCAAAACCGCCGUGAUCCCCCAGGCUAAGAGGAUGUUUGAAGGUGGGACGCACAAGCUCGACGUUUGGUCCAUCUUUACCCCCGCAAACGUCCCCGCAGACGCGAUCAACCUCGGCCAAGGGUUCAUGAACUGGGCCCCCCCCUCCUGGAUCCUCUCCGAGUCGCACCAGACGAUGGACGACGAGGUCAUGGCGAACCACUACUCCCACCCUCGUGGUCGACCCAGGCUUUUGAAGGCUAUCAGCAAACACUACAGUCCCCAGUUCUCCAACAUUGUCGAGAGGGGGGAAGACUUGAAGGCUGAGGAGAUUUUGGUGACUGCUGGUGCUAAUUGCGGUAUGUUGCUUAUCUCUCCCAAACUCCCAAAGGAGGGAAAGGAGGGGAAGCUGAUUAACGGGGAAUAUUUUAGGUAUGUUUGCUGCUCUUACGGCGCACUGCGAGCCUGGAGACGAAGUCAUCUGUAUCGAGCCGUACUUUGACCAGUACUUUGCCUCGAUCCACUUCCAAGGCGCCAAGCCCGUCUUUGUGCCCCUCCACCCGCCCACCGGCACGGGCAUCAAAGACGGUUCCGAGUGGACUCUGAACAUUGACGAGUUCCGCGCGGCCUUUACCCCCAAGACCAAGGCUGUCAUCAUCAACACCCCGCACAACCCCGUCGGCAAGGUGUUUACGAAGCAGGAGCUCGAGGCUAUUGCCGAGGUGGUGAUUGAGAAGAAUGUGUUGGUGCUCGCGGAUGAGGUAUAUGAUUGUAUGGUGUAUGAUGGGAAGGAGCAUUUCAGGAUUGCUACUUUGCCUGGGAUGUGGGAGAGGACGUUGACUGUGGGGUCUGGUGGCAAGUCGUUUGCUUGUACCGGAUGGCGUAUUGGAUGGCUCAUCGGUACCCCCGAGCUCACCGCGGCCACCCUCGCCGCGCACAGCCGAAUCGUCUUUUGCACCAACUCGCCCAUGCAAGAAGCCGUCGCUAUCGGCCUCGAGAACGCCGCCAAACACAACUUCUUCGCCGACCAGCUCGCCGCGUACACUGAGCGCCGCGACGUCCUGUGCUCCUACUUUGACCAGCUCGGCUUGCCGUACACCAAGCCCGAGGGGUCGUACUUUGUGCUGGUGGAUAUCAGCAGGAUCAAGGUGCCGGAGGGGUACCCGAUUGCGGAGACUUGUAAGGGGCGAGGAAAGGAUUUCGAGUUUUGUUGGUGGUUGUGCCAGGAGAUCAAGGUGGUGGCUAUCCCUCCUUCCGAGUUCUACUCGGACGAACAUGUGCAGAUUGGUGAACGAUUCGCUCGAUUCGCUUUCUGCAAGGACCCCGAGUUGCUGCAUGCUGCGGGCAAGAGGCUGCUCAAGUUGAAAGAGUACAUUCAGUAGAUAGUGUAGAUACGCAAAAGAAGAGAUAUGUAUAGAGGCAAUACAACAAGA